UGUGCCCCGCGCGGUUCCCGCCGGGGCCGCUCCCGGAGGCGGGCACCUCCUCCAGGCGGCGCGCGGGCGGCCGUUGCGUUCCGCGGCGCGUGCGCGGCGCCCGGGCCAAUCGGCGGGCGGCGUGCUCGCGGCCCCGGCCAAUGGCGGCGCGCCUCAGUGCCGCGCGCCGUUGCUAAGGGCAGCGGCGGGCGGGGGCCCGUAGCAACGGCGGGGCCGCGAUGGACGGAGCGGGGGAGCCGGGCGGUCCCGCUGCCCACAGUUUCAACAGUCAGUAUAUAAAGGAGAUUCAAUUGAAAUAACUUGAAGAAGAAUGUUUAGCUCUCCCAUCUGGGAUAACCACACCUGAAAUAGGAGCAUCUUUGAGGAUGAAAGCAUGAAACUACGACAGCUGAAACUACAGAAUCAGAGAGCCCUUCUAGAGAAGAAGCAGAGGAAGAAACGUCUCGAUCCGCUGAUGGUACAGCCAAAUCCCGAGGCCAAGCUGCGCAGGGCAAAGCCCAAAGGGUGCGAGGAGCAGACUCCUUUAGUAGAAACUCCUACCCCUGUCCACAGUGAUGUUGUGUUACAUGGCAUUGAUGGACCAGCUGCUUUCCUGAAAUCAGAAGUGCAGGAUUUGGGGACCGAGCUCCAAACUCUGUCUGUUGGAUCUACCAAACCAGAAGACAGUGCAGAUAAGGAAAAUGAUGGAGAGGCUGUCGCAGACACAGCAAGCAAGCCAGAUCUGCAAGAAAUAUUACAGAAACGAGGAAUUUCAGGCAGUUUGAAUUUUGAUGAGGAGGACACAGAAGAGGAAGAAGCUGGUAAGAGACCAGUAUCUCAUUCACCAUACCCUGAAUCUGAGAGGCCUAGUUCUGCAUCCAGCGAGAAGUCUUUUGCAGAAACAGGUGCUUCCUGUAGUCCAUCCCCUCAGGCAGAUGCACAGCUGGGAGAAGUAGAGAACCUCGAGGAUUUUGCAUUGCGCCCUGCACCCCGUGGAAUUAGUGUCAAGUGUCGAAUCACUAGAGAUAAAAAGGGAAUGGACCGGGGACUCUUCCCUACUUACUACAUGCAUCUGGAAAGGGAUGACAACAAGAAGACAUUCCUUCUUGCGGGGAGAAAAAGAAAGAAGAGCAAAACAUCCAAUUACCUCAUAUCGGUUGACCCAACUGAUUUAUCUCGGAAAGGGGAAAGUUUCAUUGGAAAACUCAGGUCAAACCUCAUGGGAACCAAAUUUACAGUCUAUGACCAUGGUGUUAACCCAGUCAAGGCACAAAGUCUAGUGGAAAAGGCUCAUACAAGACAGGAGCUCGCAGCUAUUUGUUAUGAAACUAAUAUCUUAGGAUUUAAGGGUCCUAGAAAAAUGUCUGUGAUCAUUCCAGGAAUGAACAUGAAUCAUAAGCGAAUUCCAAUCCGUCCACGAAAUGAGCAUGAGAGUCUGCUGUCAAAAUGGCAAAACAAAAAUUUAGAGAACCUCAUUGAGUUGCACAACAAGGCUCCAGUCUGGAACGAUGAUACUCAGUCGUAUGUUUUGAACUUCCAUGGCAGAGUCACUCAGGCCUCAGUGAAGAACUUCCAGAUUGUCCAUGACAAUGACCCUGACUACAUUGUGAUGCAGUUUGGUCGUGUAGCAGAGGAUGUGUUCACUCUGGACUAUAAUUACCCUCUCUGUGCUCUUCAGGCCUUUGCCAUUGGACUCUCCAGCUUUGACAGUAAAUUGGUCUGUGAAUGAGGGACAACAGACACGAAACAUGGAACUCACUCCCACCCCUGCAUCUUGUAAGAGUUCCAGGUGUAGCAAUGAAGAGCAUAUUGGAAGGGAAAUGGAGGACAGACCUCUGCAGGCCUAUUAGAAAACCAAUUCCAGGCUUCAGAGCACUGUGGGUGUUGACAGCAGGCCACCUUGGGAGCAAUCUCUGUAUGGAUUGUGGAACAACAAGAAAGCUAGGUGAUGUUUUUGUCAUUGCUGUUGAGUCUGCUGUUAGAAUCCUUGUUUACAGAUGCUGCAUGAGAGUGGGCUAAGCCCACUUAUUGGAACUCCUUGCAGCUAGGAUUAGAGAAAUAAUGGUGAAAUGUUCAUUUACCUUGAAGCUCCCACAAGGCCUGGGAGAUGAUGCUACUCAAGAGUUCCUGAUCAAAUGAAUUCAGAAAAAAAAUAAACUGUUGGUGUAAGACAUUGGCUCUAAUACAACACUUUUACUCUGUGGAAUGAUUGUCUGCUAAGAUCGAUACUCCAUUUCCCUUUCAGUAUUCUAAUUUCUCUCUAUCCCUUGACAGUCGUUUUACCAAAUGAAGAACAAUCAAAUCUCAAACGCUCCCUUUUCAGUGGGUGAUAUUAUAUUCAUUGCUACUUCUGUUACUUCUGACCAUGUGAAGAAUGAGACUAAAUAAAUGAUAGAAUCUGGCUGAAUUUGGCAGAAGAUAGUAUUGUAAUAUACAGUACCACUUCUGAAAAGCAGUGUUCUGAUUGGUUGAAUCUAGACUGUAACUGAUCUAGACUGUAAACUGAUGAGAAUUAUUUUUUAAUUUUGCCAUUGUUCAUGAAAUUUGCUAUGUUUUUAGGUAUUAAGUUUGUGACCAAUUUUUUUUUUAACGUGAGAUUAUCUUAAGGCAUGACAUAUUAAAGUAGAUUUUGCAUAAAUAAUCUUACUCUGAUUAUAAGGAGUUACCUCAAAAAGAGAUUACAGGUAUUUUCAAAGGGAUCAAUAAGUUAAAUGUAAUUAUACCACAAGGCUUUGCAAUGUGUCCUUCCAAUGUUCCACACAAGGCUUUGCAAUGUGUCCUUCCAAUGUUCCAUUUUUAUUGCUGGAUGCAGAGUGUGGAGACUGUCACAGCAUGGAACAUUUGAUUCAUGUGGCCUUAACUCACCAGAGCAGAUUGCAGCACGCUGUGGCCUGGGGUCUCAGUGCACACAACUGUGUACUGAAGCAGAGAACAAUUACUGUCUUGCCUGCUUCUUGCCUAUCACACAUAUUCACAAUGGUUUGGAGAAGUCUGUCCCUCUACUGGGACAAGAGUUAGGUGUUCUCCAGCUUUGGAUAUUGUCCUUGUCAGCAGACUCACUCUGUUCCAAGCUGCAAAGAGCAGAUACAUUGCUUUUGGUCUAGAGUCUUUGCAGCGGUAAAUAUCGCUUGCGCUUUCAAAUUAACAAAACUUUGUGAAGACGUUUUCUGAUAUUGCCAGAAAGAAAAAUUAUCGUAAUCACAAAGUAAACACUGUAUUUAACUGUAAAAUAUGAAUAGAGGCUGAGAAGUCCAGCUCUAGUAUCUUUCAGAUAAGCAUUUUUCAGUAGAGAUAUUUUGCUGAGAUAUUUUCUUGAGAUGAUCUUAUCAGAAAAGCAGUCCGUGAAGAGAACUUGAAUGCUGAUGGAUCUGUUUUGUGCCUUCCUGCUCAUCAGGCUGAGGAUGAGACCUGGCAGUGUUUUUCAGCUGUGCUCUUCUGAAGUCUUGGCUGAUGGUUCAGCAUUCACUCUGCCCAUCCAGGAAAGGAAGUCAGUUUGUGUACCUGUCUGAUUAUUUUUCUGACUAGGAAUGUGUGAAAGAAAUUGCCUUAUGUUAUUUGGGGGUGAUCUGAAGGUAGGAUGCUAAUUCCUGAUUCAAGAUGAUUUUCUGUGUGCCCAGAAAGUGUCCUUUUACUUAGCAUCCUUUUAAUUAAUUAGCCUUGUCAGCAGUGACUCUUCAAGCUAUUUGUUGACAUCAAAUGAUCUGUCACAGCCUCUCAGUCAAAUUAUGCACAGAUUAACUGAUUCAGUGGUCUUUAUCAGAUACUGUUUUACAUUAAUUGUACUUAUAACUUUUAUAUCUAAAUGAAAAUAAACUAAUUUAUAUAUUGAAAAGUC